AUGCUCGGCUUAGCCUUCGUUGGAGGCUCAGCAGUUGGAGUUCACAUGUCAAACGAAGAACACAAGAAAUCUUUCAUCAAAACUUUAUUUGGACUUGGCUUAUGCCUUGCUGGACAAGUUUUUCAGUCAAUUCAAUAUGUUCUUGAAGAAAAGCUGAUGAAAGGUGUUGGAAUCAAACCAAUCAACUCUCUAUUCCUUGUUGGUUCUGAAGGAAUUGCUGGAUCCAUUGUAUCUUUUGCUGUUGUUUAUCCUGUUGUUAACAGAAUUCCAGGAAAAGAUCACGGAUCAUAUGAAAACUUCAAGAAUGACAUGUACAUGUUAUUCCACAACAAUAAGAUAUUGCUUCUUGUUCUGUUGGAUAUCUUUGGUUUGACUCUCUACAACUGGUCAUCAUUUGCUUACACGAAAUAUGUAACAGCUGUUGCAAAGACAAUUUUACAUGCUAUAACAACUAUUUUCAUAUGGGCUACUAUGGUCAUUUUGCACUACACAUUGAGCAAAAAUCUUGGAGAAGCUAUUACUUAUUGGGCAUUUUUGGAAGGAGCUGGAUUCGUAUUGAUGAUUCUUGGAUCUGUUGUAUUCAAGAAUACGAAAGAAAUUGGUGAAAAAUGGGUGAAAUCUUGCUGCUGUUGCCUAUUGAGAAGAGACACGUCUGUCUCAGAUGCCCAAAUCAAUCCUCUUUUGAUUUAA